UUGUUUUGUCUGUGUGAAAACAUUUAUAAUUAAAAUCAGUGAUACAAGAGAUACAAGAGUGAUACAGAGAAAUGGACCGCUUUCUUCAAAGAGGUAAACGUCGGAGCUCCCUCACACCCAGUGUGUCCAGCGCUGAAAUGCAGGCAUGGGAUAGCAGCAGCACGGACUCGGAGAAAGAUUUGGCGACCGAGAGGCAAACACAUAAGAAGAAAAAUAAAAUCUCACAAGUGUGGAAAUAUUUUAAAAGGUCUGAAGACAAAAAAUUUGCAAAUUGCAUUAACUGCGGAAAGGAGUAUAAGACCAGCGGAAAUACGUCCAAUUUGCACGAUCAUCUAAAAAGAUUUCAUCCUGGCUUGGUUCAUGUCUCAGACUCCAGCACUCCAGCUGCAGCUACUUCGAAGGAUACCGACAACAUCGCAUCUACAAGCAGCAGUUGUAGAUCAAGUAUGCAUUCUGUAGCUUCUUACUUUAAAAGAGCUGUUUUGUACGACACUAAUUCAAAACGAAAGAACGACAUUGACAGGGCUUUAACGGAAAUGAUUGCAAAGGAUGUACAGCCUUAUAAUAUAGUGGAAAAUGAAGGCUUUGUAAACUACAGUCAGGUAUUGGAUCCCAGAUAUAAGCUCCCAAGCAAAACACAUUUAAGAGAUGUGCUGAUGCUUAAUAUGUUCAAGGAAACUUCUGCUAAAUUGUUAACGAUACUAGAAGAUAUUUCGUAUAUAUCAGUCACAUGUGACUUGUGGACAUCGAGGGCCAACGAUAGUUUUUUGACCGUCACAUGUCACUUUGUUUAUAAUUAUAAUUUGAAAACAGCAUCAUUGGCCACAAGAAAAUUAUUAGACACAACAAACCAUUCGGCGCAAAAUAUUGCAAACACUUUGCAAGAUGUUUUAAAUAAUUGGAAUGUCCUCGAAAAAACAGUUUGCAUUGUUACGGAUAAUGCCAGCUCAAUGCUGAAAGCAUGUGAAAUAUUAAAAAUUCAAAAUCUUCCAUGCUUUGCUCAUACUCUGAAUCUGGUGGUUCAUGAUGGUUUAAAAUUCGACAACGACGAUUUAGUAAAAGCUUUGUUUACAAAGUGCAAGACCAUAGUAAGGUUUUUUAAGCACAGCACCAUAUCGGGUGAAAAAUUUAAAAUGGCUCAAGAUGAAUUCUCUUAUACUUUGUUACAAGAAGUACCAACAAGGUGGAACAGUUUCUACCUUAUGAUCCAGCGUAUAUUAGCAACAAAUGAUGCCAUUUCUACAGUUUUAUUAUCAACUACAAAAGCACCGCUACCAUUUACUGCUGAAGAAAUUAAUAUAUUGAAAGAUUUAGAAAAAAUAUUGGCCUUUUUCCAACAAGCAAGCGAAAAAAUUUCUGGUGGAAAAUAUGUGACGAUUUCGCUUAUAAUACCGAUGGCAUAUGGACUCUACCGCAAACUUGAAAAUCUUCUACCACAACUACAAACUUUGCAAGGAAAAAAAAUGCAAAAUACUUUAUUGGAGUCCAUAAAAAAACGUCUUUCCAUUUAUGAGCAACGGUCAUUAACCAGAAUGGCUACAAUAUUAGAUCCACGAUUCAAAAAAAACGGUUUUCAGCAUUAUUCAAAUGCUGAACAAGCAUCAACAGCUUUUGAAAACGAGCUUUUAAAUUUGACGGUCAAAGAAAACCCUGUCAAUUUGAGCCCGGCAACGGAGACCAAAACUCAGGACACAUUUUUUGAUUUUUUAGAUGAGAGACCUACAAGCAAACAAACAAACGCACGAACAGAUGCAAUUAUUAUUAAAAGACAAUAUCUAGAAAGAGAUAUAGCCGCCCAGGAAAUGGAUCCUCUUUUAUGGAUUAUGGUCAACCAAACGGAUUUUCCCUUGCUGAAAAGGCUAUUCUUAAAAUACUUGUGCAUCCCCGCAACAUCCGUUGAGUCCGAAAGAGUAUUUAGCAAGGCGGGCCAAAUUGUUUCAGAGAGGCGAACCGGGCUCAAAGAAGAAAACUGUGCCGUCGGAUCCUGCGCUCCAGGAGGUCCCACAGAUGCUCAAUGGGAUUAA